GCCGUGGGGUUUCCCGAGGCUGCGGACAGGGGCCGCCGCGCCCAUCGAUGGCUGGAGGCGUCUGAGGGCGAACGGAGGCGGCGGCGGCGGGCGCGGGCGCAGAGUGGAGCAGCCGCCGCGGGACCGGACCGAGCCUCGCCGCGCACCUGCCGCAGCGCCCGCGGAACGGCCCGAGCGCGACCACCUCCCGGAGCAGCGGCGAGGCGGCCGAGGCUACGGGGUGCGGGCGCGGCAGGCGGGACGAGCGCCGAGACACUUUUACAUGCAUUGGAGACUGGACCGGAAACACUUCUGAAUUAAGACGCGACUCUCUGCGGUGACUGGGGAGCACCCGAGGCCGGAAGAUGAGUGAGCUCGACCAGCUGCGGCAGGAGGCCGAGCAGCUGAAGAACCAGAUCCGGGAUGCCAGAAAAGCCUGUGCAGAUGCAACUCUCUCUCAGAUCACAAACAACAUCGACCCCGUGGGGCGGAUCCAGAUGCGCACCAGGAGGACGCUGCGGGGGCACCUGGCCAAGAUCUACGCCAUGCACUGGGGCACGGAUUCCAGGCUUCUCGUGAGCGCCUCCCAGGACGGGAAGCUGAUCAUCUGGGACAGCUACACCACCAACAAGGUCCACGCUAUCCCCCUGCGCUCCUCGUGGGUCAUGACCUGUGCGUACGCCCCUUCCGGAAACUACGUGGCCUGCGGUGGCCUGGACAACAUCUGCUCCAUUUACAACCUGAAAACUCGCGAAGGGAAUGUGCGCGUGAGCCGCGAGCUGGCUGGACACACAGGUUACCUGUCCUGCUGCCGCUUCCUGGAUGACAACCAGAUAGUCACCAGCUCCGGAGACACCACCUGUGCUCUGUGGGACAUCGAGACGGGCCAGCAGACGACCACGUUCACGGGGCACACCGGGGACGUGAUGAGCCUGUCCCUCGCUCCUGACACCAGACUGUUUGUCUCCGGUGCUUGUGACGCCUCAGCCAAGCUGUGGGACGUGCGAGAAGGGAUGUGCCGGCAGACGUUCACCGGCCACGAGUCCGACAUCAACGCCAUCUGUUUCUUUCCAAACGGCAAUGCAUUCGCCACCGGCUCGGACGAUGCCACCUGCAGGCUCUUUGACCUUCGCGCGGACCAGGAGCUCAUGACUUACUCCCACGACAACAUCAUAUGUGGGAUCACCUCCGUUUCCUUCUCCAAGAGCGGGCGCCUCCUCCUCGCUGGGUACGACGACUUCAACUGCAACGUCUGGGACGCGCUCAAAGCUGACAGGGCAGGUGUCUUGGCUGGGCACGACAACCGCGUCAGCUGCCUGGGCGUGACCGACGACGGGAUGGCCGUGGCGACAGGGUCCUGGGACAGCUUCCUCAAGAUCUGGAACUGACCCCGGCAGCAGGUGCACGCCACGGCGACCGGAGACCAUUCCACCCCGAAGCGUUCCCGUGAUAGCAUUUCCAACCCCUACUAACGUGGGCGCCCUCCCCCCGAACUUCAAAAGGGCAAGAUCUUUCCUUCACUCACUGCUGAAACCAAGAGCACAAUCCCACGAAGAGAAGAGUCUGUGUCCGCUCGACGAGCCUGCGUUCCUCCCGGGACCAUUGUCUUCGUUUGCCUUUUGUCUGAAUGAAGUUAAAGGGAAAAACCACAAUAAAGAUGUUGACCAGAAAGCCAGCCUGGGUGUCCUUGUGACAGACACACCUGGUCGCUCGUUUAUUUGGGUUUUAGAUCAGUGAUCCUGUUUCGUGAUGUUCCUGCAAAACAAGUUGAGGACUUUACCUUGUAAUCGGUUCUAAAUUUCAGGUCGUGUUUGUAAUGGAUUUUGAAAACAUAUUUCCUUUUUAAAAUAUCUUUAUGUUCAAUAGUUCAACAGAGAGUCUAGUGAGGUCUCUCUGAAAUUGUUAAUGAUGUAAAUUUAGUCCCUGGCUUUUUUUAUUUUUUGUCUAGUGUCACGUAAUUGUUGCGCACAGACAUGGCACAGAAAGCAAGCGCGGGACUGAGCACAGGCCGCUGGUGGUCGUGGACGCGUGGUGACCGGCAGAGCCCAGUCAGCUCCCUUCUCCCCGCCCCCGCCCCCGCCCCGCCUUCUCCGCUCGGUUUCUGCUCUCACCUUGGGUUUCCCUGUGAAGUGGGGGGAGUUCGUAACAGCAGCCUAACACUACCCGUGCCCACCCCCACCGUCAGAGCCUCUGUUUUCGAGAGAGGUGCCCGUCCUGUGCUUGGAUAGUGAGUCAAUUAUUUGUGUAUGAAACAAUGUACAAAUCAAUGUUUUGAAAAUAAUGAUCUCAAACUUUCUAAGUUAAAUUUUAAAAAAUUUGAUCGUUUGCCAUAUCGGGUGGGUUAACUCUUAGACUCGCAUGCUGUAGAAAUGCUCAAACGUGCAUAGAGGACUCUGUCCUUAGAUGUUCUUUUUCUUUUAAGAAAUAACCUCUUUAAAGUUGUAACCAUUGCGGCUCUACCCACUGUCGUUGCUACUCUGCACGCACCGGGAGCAGUACAGUGAGCAGCUCGACACGCUUGAGUAGCAGGAUAAGUCACUGUUUUCUUUCUUUCUUUCU